CCCCCGCGGAACCCGCGCUCCGGAGCACCCGGUUGGCCAGGCCCGGAGUGGGCCCGAGGCGGACGUGAGCAGGGUCGGACCAAGAUGGCGGUGCAGGUGGUACAGGCGGUGCAAGCGGUUCAUCUGGAGUCGGAUGCUUUCCUAGUUUGUCUCAACCACGCUCUGAGCACAGAGAAGGAGGAGGUGAUGGGGCUGUGUAUAGGGGAGUUGAAUGAUGACACAAGGAGUGACUCCAAAUUUACAUAUACCGGAACUGAAAUACGCACAGUUGCUGAAAAGGUUGACACCGUCAGAAUUGUUCACAUUCAUUCUGUCAUCAUCUUGCGACGUUCUGAUAAGAGGAAGGAUCGAGUGGAAAUUUCUCCAGAGCAGCUGUCUGCGGCCUCAACAGAGGCAGAGAGGUUGGCUGAACUAACAGGUCGCCCCAUGAGAGUUGUGGGCUGGUAUCAUUCCCAUCCUCAUAUAACUGUUUGGCCCUCACAUGUUGAUGUUCGCACGCAAGCCAUGUACCAGAUGAUGGAUCAAGGCUUUGUAGGACUUAUUUUUUCCUGUUUCAUAGAAGAUAAAAACACAAAGACUGGCCGAGUACUCUACACUUGCUUUCAAUCUAUACAGGCCCAAAAGAGCUCAGAGUCCCCUCAUGGUCCACGAGACUUCUGGAGUUCCAGCCAGCACAUCUCCAUUGAGGGCCAGAAGGAAGAGGAAAGGUAUGAGAGGAUUGAAAUUCCAAUCCAUAUUGUACCUCAUGUAACCAUUGGGAAAGUAUGCCUUGAAUCAGCAGUUGAGCUGCCCAAGAUCCUGUGCCAAGAGGAGCAGGAUGCAUAUAGGAGGAUCCACAGCCUUACACAUCUGGACUCAGUAACCAAGAUCCAUAAUGGCUCAGUGUUUACCAAGAAUCUGUGCAGUCAAAUGUCAGCAGUCAGCGGGCCUCUCCUACAGUGGCUGGAGGACAGACUGGAGCAAAACCAACAGCAUCUGCAGGAGUUGCAACAAGAAAAGGAAGAGCUUAUGCAAGAACUUUCUUCUCUAGAAUAAAGUCGGAGAACAGUGGGGAAAAAUGAAAAUAUCCAGGUAUAAAAUUAAUUAAGCUAAAUCAAUUUUGAAGAAGUUGGAGGACUCACAUUACCUGACUUCAAGACUUGCCAUAAAGCUACAGUAAUCAAGACGGUGUGGUUUAUGCCCAGCCGAUUUUGACAAAGGGUAAAAGCAUUUCAGUGGAGUAAGGAUAGACAGUCUUUUCAACAAAGUAUGCUAGAGCAAUUGAUACCCAUAGGCAAAAAAAAAAAAUGAACUUUGACCUAAACUGCACACCUUAGACAGAAAUUAACUCAAAAUAUAUCAUGGACUUAGAUGUAAGAUGUAAAACUAUAAAACUUUUAGGAAAAAAAAUCAUAGAAAAGUCAUCAGGACCUUGGGCUAGGCAACAAGCUCUUGGCCUUCACUACAAAAGCACAGUCGUAAAAGGAGAACAAUAUACUGGACUUCAUCAAAAUGAAAAACUUUUGCUCUGUAAAAAAUUAAAGAGGAGGAAAUCAUUGAGAAAUUAUUUGCAAACCGUAUGUCUGAUCAAUCUAGACUAGAUAAAGUCAACAAUUAAAAAACCAUCCAAUUGAAAAUGAGCAAAAGACAUGAAUAGACAUUUCACUAAAGAGGAUAUAUGGAUGGCAAGUAAGCACAUGAAAAGAUGUUGAACUUCGGUAGUCAUCAGGGAAUGCGAAUUAAAACCACAUUGAAUUAUGAUUACAUACUUAUCAGAAUGGCUAAAGAAAAAAUAAUGAAAAUACCAGAUGCUGUUGAGCAUACAAACUGGAUCUCUCAUACAUUACUUAUAGGAAUGUUGAAUGGUACAGCUACUCUAGAAAAGAGUUUGGGAAUUUCUAAUAAAGUUAAAUAUCCAUGUAUCAUACAACCCAACAGUUGCACUCCUGGAUUUUUAUCCCAGAGAAAUGAGAAGCUAUGAUGGCACAAAAAUUUGUACACAGAUGUUCUUAGCAGCUUAUUUGUAAGAGCUAAAAACUGGAAAUAACCCAUAUGUUCUGCAAUUGAGUGAGUGAUUAAACCAAACAUCUGUACCAUGGAAUACUACUCUGAAAUGAAGAGAAACAGAUGACUAUUGAUAUACACAACUUGGGUAGACCUCAAGGGUAUUAUGAUGAAUGAAAAGGCCAUUCGCAAAAGGUCACAUACUAUAUGAUUGCAUUCUUGAAAUGACAAAAUUCUAGAAAUGAUGAAUAGAUUAAUGAUUGCCAGGGAUAGGGACUGGAGGGGGCAUGGGAUAUGUGUGACUAUAAAGGGAUAACACAGGAUAACAUCAUUUGUGCUGAUGGAACAGUUCUGUAUCUUGAUUAUGGUGUUGAUUACAUUAUCUGUGCUAAAACUACAUAGACCUACACACACCCACAAAUGAAUGCAUGUGAAAUCUCGUGAAACUGAAUAAGGUCUGUAGUCGAGUUAGCAGUAUUGUGCUAUUGUCAGUAUGUCAGUUUUGAAGUUGUACUAUAGUAAUAUAAGGUCUUGCCACUGGGGGGAAACUGGGUAAAGGGUACAUGGGACUCACUGUACUAUUUUUGCAACUUCCUGUAAAUCUAUAAUUACUACAAAAUAAAAAGUUAGAUAUAUUAAAUAAGGAACUGGGAGGAAUGGUACUUAGUUUAUGAAAUAAGAGUGAUAAAAAGAAAACCCAAGGGGAAUAAAAUGAUUUGAAUGUUUUUACAGGCCAAUGUUGAGCACAUGUCCCUUUCCUUUUCUGGGCUUCAUUUUUUUCAUUUAUAAGGUCAGAGUGGAUCACCACCGAGGUUCCUUUUAGCUCAGUGUUCAGUCUUUAAAAGUGUUCAGCAUGACAGGGAACAGUGCUAUAAGGAAGAUGUAUCAUUAAUUUCCCACCUGCACCAAUCGGGCUUACUUUACACAAAAUAUUGCACUCCCUAUGCAACCCUGCACCCCUUCCGGUCAGUAGAGUCUCUAUUUUCAAUCACAGCCAAGACUCUGAUGGGAACAAUAUAUACACUUGCCUUCUCUCUCCGUUUUGUCAUUUCCUAUUCAUUCAAGUCAUUGCGUUCUGACCUCUGUCCAUAUCACUCCAUUCAUACCACUCCUGCCAAUGUCACCAAUGACCUCCAGGACAUAGUGAAUGUCAAUAGAUGCUUUUCAUGCCCUUAAUGAACCUCUCAGUCUUCUUUUUUUUAAAAAAGAUUUAUUUAUUUAUUUGAGAGAGCGAGAAUGAGAGAGAGAGAGUACAUGAGAGGGGGGAGGGUU